UUAGUAGAAGGUUGAGUAUAAACCUUUUCUCCCAUUUACUACAAUGUCUAAUUACUUUUUAAAUAUUAGUUCAAUAGGGUUAUAUCAAAGAACAUCUAAAAAUGUUAUUCAUAAAUGCACUGACUGGAAAUGAAAUAAUUAUUUGAAUAUUCUGUUAUAAUGUGCAUUUCUAUAACAGUUAUUCAUUACAGGUGACACAAAAAGCCAGACAGCAGCUAUCAUGAGCUCCAUGCAGUCAAACUCCUCAGCAAAUGUGACCUUUGUUCGUCCUGCAACAUUUUUCAUCAGUGGCUUUUCUAAUAUGCCACAUGCAAAAUACUACUAUGUGUUCUUGUCUUUGGUGUAUGUUGUGACUGUUUUAGGGAAUUCAUUUAUCAUGUAUAUCAUUUAUUUGGCCCGCAGACUUCACACAGCCAAAUACAUUGCUGUUUUCCAUCUAGCUCUUAUUGAUCUGUGUGAAAGCUCGGCUUUGAUUCCAAAAGUCAUAGACACGUUUUUAUUUGAGCACCAUGACAUUUCAUAUGAAGCGUGCUUGGAAAAUUCAUUUUUUGUAUAUCAUUUCAUGAACAUGGAGUCUAUGACACUACUUGUCUUGGCUUAUGACAGAUUGGUUGCUAUUUGUUUUCCUCUACAUUAUCAUGCCAUUGUAACAAGAAAAACAAUGUUUCUGAUCUUAGGUGUAAUGUGGAUUUUUUCUGUGAUAUAUUUUUCUGUACUUGUAGGUUUGGUGAAUAUACUCUCUUUUUGUAGAUCGAAUGUGAUUGAUAGUUAUUUUUGUGAUCAUGGCAUUAUCUAUAGACUAGCAUGUAAUGAUAAUUCUAUAAAUAUUCUGAUAGUAAAAAUUAAUUUUGGUCUCCUGAUUUGCACACCGCUGUUGCUGAUCUUCAUCUCAUAUUUCUGCAUUGGUCUGGCUUUGCUUAAGAUUGCUCAUGGUGCUGAACGGAUCAAAGCCAUGAAAACCUGCACCUCACAUUUCAUGUUGGUGGCAAUUGGUUAUAUCCCAUUUUUAAUUAAUAAUAUUGCAUCCUUAACAACACCUAUCCAUCCGAACAUCCGGUUAAUUAACAAUUCCCUGACGCAGACAAUACCACCUAUGCUGAAUCCCAUCAUAUACACUCUAAAGACAGAGGAGGUCAUGCAAUCCAUUAAAGAACUGUAUAAACAAAACAAGGUGAACACUACAAAAAGAAUGAAAUGUAGUAGGAGAAAUUCAAAACAAAAAUGACAGGUUUGAACCUAAUCAUCUGUGAUCAUUUAACAAAUAUCUAAUUUAACAAAGUUGACUGAUUUUGUAUGUUUGAUGUUGUAACAGAAACUGUGUCGUAAACAGGCCAAAUAUGUUUAAAACCUCUGGGCUGAAAGUUAGUAGAGUUGCUUUGUGAUUGCUUCCUUUGUUUGAAAACAACAUAAAAAAUUCAGUAAAAAUUCCAAA